CAUAUGUUAAACGACUCGAGAUUAGAUCCAUGUGUAUAAAAAUUGUUAAAUAAAAUUUUUAAAAGUGAAUUUAUCAGUUUUUCAGAAAACAAAAAUGUACUUUCAUUCUUUGAAUUUUAUUUAUUUUUUUAUUUUAUUGCCUCUAAUUAUAUGCUACUUUUAUACUCAGAAAUUAACAAAGUGCAGGGACGAAAUUUGCCCUGUUGACAAAGUGCCACAAGUAAUGAGUUACAGACCUUAUGGGACACUUGCAAGAGCCCUUUAUGAAAAAAGAAAUGCUGAUGAUCGUUUGGAAGCCUACGACAAUACCCGGUGGUACACUAUCGAUAGCAGUAAAUUUCGAGAAGAUAUAUUAAAAUUAUGGAUACCACUAGGCUUGGGACCGCAGAAAAAUCAACCAGAUCAAACUGCCAAAGAAUUUCUUUCGAGGUCCAUUGAAAGAUCUAAUUCACUGCUUCUACAAGCCUGGCACUAUCUGGCCCGUUCCAUCUUGUCUUCCUUCAUCAGUCGAACUUCCGUCAAUGGACUCUUGGGCCGUGGAUCCAUGCAUGUAUUUUCGAGGGAACAAUUUCAGAAAUUAAUAGAUGAAUCCAACUAUAAAGGACCAUGGACUUCACUCUUAGAUUUAGGUGCUGGUGACGGUGCAAUAACUGCAAAUAUUGCUGAACUAUUUGGAAAAGUAUUCACGACUGAUAUUUCCGCUCCAAUGAGAUGGGCCUUGCAAAAACGAAAGUACAUAGUUUUGGAUGUGGAGAAAUGGCAUGAAAAUGCAGGACCAUUUAAUGUAAUUCUUGCUCUAAAUUUACUGGACCGAUGUGACAAGCCUAAUUUAUUGUUGAGACAAUUGAAAUCAUCAUUGGCACCUGGUGGUCGAUUGAUUAUAGCCUUAGUGUUACCAUUCAGCCCUUACGUGGAAGUUGGAGGCCGAAGUGAUCACAAGCCAUCAGAAUAUUUGCCAAUUAAAGGAUCAGGAAUUGAUGGACAAAUUGCCAGUUUAAUUGAUCGGGUUUUUUCACCUUUAGGGCUGAAAUGUCUUGCCUGGAGUAAAUUACCUUAUCUCUGCGAGGGAGAUUUGGCGCAAUCUUAUUAUUUUCUCAACGAUUAUAUUUUUGUUCUUGAAGCUCAAGAAAAUGAAGCCUAGAUUGUAGAAAAUUAAAUAAAACGCAGUGUCACGCUUGUUAAAAGGUUUUAAUUAUUAUUUUUGAAUUAAUGACGCGUGAAUACAGGAGAGCAAUACUGACAAGCGACGACGAGUUAGUGUUUAGUUAUAGCGACAGCAUUGGUGAACAUUAUGUUUUGUGAGUAUAUGUGAAUCAAUUACUAACAUUGCAUUUAUCUGUUAUACAUUUAAUAUAUGCAAUUUAGAAUUCAAUUGGUGACACAAACAGAAAGAAAUUUACUUUUUAUUUAAGAAUAUAUAAAUGUUUAAAAGCAAAUUUUUAAUAUUCGAAACAAUAAACUUAAAAAAUUAAUAUAUUAACAACUAAAAUUAAUUAAUAAUUGAAUUAAUUUUAAUUAUUAAUGUACUAUUAUUUUUUCUUUUGCUUUUAUAAUUAAUAAAUUUUGUAUUUGUUUAAUUAUGAAAUUCUUUCAUGUACUUAUUGUUAGUUACUUUAUCUAAAAAUUAACUCUACUAUUUCGUUUAUUAAAAAUUGGUACUUUUAAAUUAUUCUUAUGUAAAUUUUAAUAUAUAUUUUAAUUUAAAAGUAAUUCUUUCGUUUCGUGUAUUGAAUUGAAUUGAAUGGAAUAUUUGACAACCAUCGGAGUAAUUGGAGUGCUUUAAAUUGGUAACUAUUUACCACAGUUACGUUAGCAUGUUGCUGUAGUUGAAGAAAAAGACGCGAAACUUGGAAAUUCUAUUGGAAAAUCUCAUUUUUUUGCAUUAUUUUUUAAGAUUCUUAGAUCUUUAGAAAUAUUAAAUAUAUCAAUGUAUAGAAUUCCAUUUCAACUAAAAACCUUUAUUUAUUUAUUUAUUUAUUUAAAUUUUGUAUUGUUAUCAUUGAAAUAAAAUUUAAAUUUAAUUUGAAUUUUCCUUUAAAUUAAACUUUGGCUAAAAAUUUAAUUUAAAAUUGAAAUUCAACUUUGAUAUGAAAUUGAAUUUUUACGGCUGUAAAAUUGGAAUUAGAUCUGAGAUCUUCGAAAUAGAAGAAACGUUUAGUUGAAAUGAAAUUCUACAUAGAUAUAUUGGGAAUGAUCUUGAGACAAUCAUAUAAUUUAUGAUCUUCUGUGUAAAUGCAUUCUUAUAUUAAAAAAAAACAUAUUGCCGAU